UUUACACAAAUAUUUGAUCUAUUUUAUAAACUGAUCUGUAUUAAGAAUACAAAUCCAAUGUACUGUUUAACAUUUUCACCAAACCUGCAAAUAAACUAAAUUAAUAUCGAUUCAACAACAAUGAAUCGUGAUCAAAUAAACUAAUAUUUUAAUUCACGAUCUUUUGAAAAUACGUUACAUGUCCAUCAUGAGAAAUGCUAAUAAACGGCUAAAUAAAAUAGUCUACUGUUCCAUCGGCAUUCAAUUGAUUUGUUUCCUUUAUUUGAACAAGGUAGCCCUAGGUUUUCGAAAAAAGAGUGAAAAUGUUUAUUGAGGUAACAGAUCUAAAGGUCCAAAGUUGUGAAAGUUAUAUGGAAGCAAUGGCGAACGCAACAAAGGAUCAAUUACCAUGGACAAACAGACGUGUCAAUAAUGCAUCUCCCUGUCGAUAGCCGCUACAAACACGAACCACCAGAACGCUGCGCUGAGGAAAGUCAAUACAUAUUCAUGACAUCAAAUAUCGAUAAGCCAAUCGCGUUACAGUAUUGCACGCGCCCUGCCUCCAGUAACGCAGCAUCAAUGAUUCCCUGAAUCUUCCCUUUUAAGGAAUAUUUCUGUUAAUAUAAAUUGAACAAGAGUGGAAGUAUUUCUAAAGAGACAAAUUUCAUCUAGUUAAAAUAGACAGCUUGUUAUGGAUACACCACAUGUCACAAACACAUUGGAUAUGCCGGACCAACUAAGCCAUGGACCUUCUUCUGCAGGAGGGCAUCUAAGCCCCGACACAAACGACGACGGCGACAUGUAUCAUCACGAUCACGUGUCUUCAGACCCCGGCGGAGAUGACAAGCCGUCAAAACAGAAACGGCACCGGACAAGAUUUACACCGGCUCAGUUGAACGAAUUGGAGAGAAGUUUUGCUAAAACGCACUAUCCGGAUAUCUUUAUGCGUGAAGAACUAGCACUUAGAAUUGGACUUACAGAAUCCCGUGUUCAGGUCUGGUUUCAAAACCGACGUGCCAAAUGGAAGAAAAGGAAGAAGACAACAAAUGUUUUCCGAACACCAGGGGCGCUGAUGCCAACAGCGGGGCUUUCACCUUUUGGUGCUAUGAACGACCCUUUGUGCUCCUUGUAUCCAAGUGACACGAGAUGGUCGUCCCAGAUGGCGCCGCCUCUCAAUGCAAAUCACCUCGCCUUUUCGACUUUACCUAGACAAGGGAUAUCCCAAGCUUUUCCGGGCCAGAUGUCCGGCUUUGAUCCAAUGAAUGCUGCCGCUUCUUUAGCCAACAAUAUUUCAAUGAGCAAUGGUACGUCAGUGUACAAUACAAAUUAUGGACUUUCAUCUCAGACUUCUGCUACCCCUUCGCCGCCUACCUCGAUCCCGAAUUCACAAAUGACGUCAUGUGGAAUUCCGGAUAUAGGUGAUGCAUGGCGCGGGACAAGCAUAGCAUCUUUACGGCGAAAAGCGCUUGAGCAUUCAGUGUCCUUGACUGGGUUUCGCUAGAACAGUUCUUAUUCAUUGUAAAUAUCAGAUUCAUAUCGUAAAAUUUGCAUAGUUAAUAUUGUUGACAAUAUUAUUUAAAAAUAGCGGCAAAAGAACUUUUCCUUCAAAAUAGAUUAUUUAAGAAGAAUUUAGUUAUUUUAAGCAAUCAGUCACGACUGCUUUACCAUAAAGAGUUGUGCACCAGUCAGUUGUAACCAUGACAACCCAUACUCGGGAAAUGGCGGGAAUAUUAGCGGAAUUAACAAUUCUCUUUCAUCCGUCGGGGUCAAUGCAAUUGUUUUGAUUUGGCACUAAAAUGGCCAGGGAUACGUCUAAAUCAUACAGCGGGGAUUCUGCAUUUACCAGGGAUUUGAAGAUCCAAGUCUAAGUUCCCGCUUAUGCUCAGACAGGAGAUACCCUGGUUACAAAUGGCUAGUACACACAAUUGUUUUGCUUUAGAACGGGGACAUAUUAUAAUGGGACAAGCAACUAGAGAUUGGCGCAACAUUAUCUUUUCGUUAUGUAAGGCGCACACGUGCCGCCUUUUUGUAAUGUUGAUCGUUGCGAAAGGGUGCCUUUUUGUCGUAGCAAGCGGUGUAAUUAAGAGGAAUAUAAGCCAGUUGGCAUAAGAAUUUAAUAACCCUUUUGUAUCUCAGUGGUUUUAUCAUGAUGCCAUGAAGUGGUUUUAACAUGAUGCCUUUAAUUAUUAAAGUUUUUUUUUUCAAUGUAUGUUUUAUCUGGGACAAACGAUAAUAUUCUAUGUCCCAGGUUUUAUAAAAUUAUGCCUCAGGAUUUAUAAAAAAAAACGACUUAAAUGAGCGAAUUACUGUCAAUUUGAACACCAGCAUAAAAAUCGACAGUUGCUUGUUAUAAUGUGCCCCAGUUCAGAAUAAAGCUAGAAUGUUGUAAUAUAAUAAUUUAUAUGGAUGACUUUGUUGUUGAGGAUAAAUAUAUUGUAUGGUGUAAUAAUCAGUUUUCUGGUAUGUUCAAAUCAGUCUGGUCUUGUCUGUACACCUCAUCAUAAUGAUAAAGAAAACGAAAAGAUAUAUAACUUAGCUAUUACUUGACACGAUCAUCGAACGUUGUGAAUUUAAAAAAUAAUACAAGAAAUAUUGAGACCAGUCAAAAAAACUAGCAUUUUGAUUGGCCCGAUUUCAAAUCUUUUCUUUGAACCAACCAAUCAUAAUCCGACGUUUUGACUGGUUUCUGUAUUAAGACUGUAUCUAUACUGUUGUGGACGAUUGCAUAUCAAAUAUAGAAUUUAUCAAUUGGUUUUAUUUGUCAUUUAUCACUUUGUGGCACUAUGGCACUUUUUGUUCAUGUCAAGUCUUUGUAAAUAUUUAUGUUAUUUAUUGAAAUGAAAGACUAAUUUUGUAUAUAAGGGAGAUCUGGCCACGGUCAUCUUCAAUUUCUAUGUAAAAUCAUUCAUAAUCUUAAUUUUUCUUCCAUAAAGUUAUGAAUUUUUCAAAUUUAAUCAGUCUUCAAAAAUGGCUUCUAAUUGGUCGAUUUUGGUAAAAGAUUAAAAAAAAAACACAACCAAACAAAAUAAAAACAAUUACAAAAUUCCUCCCUGUUUUCAGAUUGAUUUCAAAGUAUAUGUUUUGAUUUACUACUUGUGUUUUUAUUUUUUAUCAUUAAUUUAGUCUAUAUUAGACCACUAAGCCAACUUCCUGAAUGCUUUGAAUAUUUUACGAAUAUUAAGCUAGUUUCCUUUUUUUAGGUUGUUUUUUUUAAUUGAUAAUAAAUAUAUAAUAUCUAUGCUAUUAUUGGUGAAAUAAACUUUGUAUAAAUCACUGCAUAUCACUUACAAUAAUUAGUUAUUGCAUUUUGUUAUGUUAUAUUUUUCAAUUCAAAUAUUAUAACAUCACUAAUUUUUUUAUAUGUUAUCCUGCAAUUAUUAUAAUAAAUUUUAAUUAUUUUUUUCGUGUAACCAUAUUAAAGUCUAAAGUCAUCUUCUUAACUUGCAUCGUUUUCCACGCUUAAAUAAAAACACUAGAAAACUACUUAAAAACAGUAGAAACUGGCUUUGUUUCCAGAUUUUUUUUCAGCUUAUAAAAUUAAAAGAAAAUUUGAUAGUUUGAUGUUUAUAUGAAAUAUAUCUCACAACAUAAUAAAAAUAUUCCACUUUUACAGUGAAAAUAUUGCAAUUUUUUCACUUCAAGGUGAAAUAUAGAAAAUAUGCUCUCAAAAUAAACAAAUAUCUUUAUCAUAUCAUAUUAAAGUACCUUUAUUGAAAUAAGUAAUGUUUUUAAAUAUUGAAUCAAACAGGUGACAUGUAUCAGGGGCAUUAUCAUUGUGUUACAAACUAGAAGUGGAAUAAUAUUAUAUGUUAGAGAAGAUUUCAUUCUGAUUUAUUGAAUAAUAUAUAUGCAUAGACUGUUGGUUUUAACAGAAUCUACCUAUACAACCAGUACAGACGAAGAUCAGCCUGUUUCUUCAUGGGUCUGAUCAUGGUCUGCACUGUUAGCUGCUCAUUCAAUACACAUUUUGAAUUUUUCCCUAAAAAGUAUGGUUUUGUCCAGAAAAAUGGACAAGUCCAUUUAAGAUAUUAAUUGUGCUAAUAGUUAAAAACUCUUGUUAAAACUUAACAAGGGGUAACAUUGUACAGUUUUAAAGGAGCAUGCCUCCAGAUUUGUGGAAAUUUAUAAUUGUUCUUAUAGGUAAAGAUGCUGUCAAUUGAACAAUUUAUCUAAACAAUUGUCACUUACUUUUCUACAGAAAUUACUUGACCUUUUCAAAACACGCAGACAUUCUUCAAAUUGUGUUAUACAUAGGGGAGAAUUUCAUUGAUAAAAAUAGCAAAGUCUGUCAUUUUUCAUAUUUUGCAUAACACAUCAAAAGUUUCACCUUGAUUUCUAAAGCUUUGCAUAUAUUUUCCUUUAGAUUUUUAAGAUUUAUUUUACUCAUCUGUAGGCAUGCUGAUUUAAAAUCUAUAUUGUAUAUUUUACAACUUUUAAGUCAAUAUAAUUUAUUUAUCUCUUUGUGUUUGCUUGAUGUUUGUAAAAAGACGAAAUGUUACAUUAAAGAAUACUUUUUCUUGAAGGUUAAAAAAAUGAAUAUUUGGUUUCAAAAUGUUAAGAAAAUAAAAUAUCAUUAAAAACAUUGUAAAGGAUUUUGAACAGAACUUUGUGUAAAUAUCCAACAAUAAGUUUUAUGAUGAAUAUCAGACGAGAAUGUUGUGCCCUGCAUGAACUUAUUUUUUUUAUUUACUGAGAAAUGAUGAUUAUUUGAAAAUGUAUUAAUUGACGUAUUAUUUGAUAUUUUCAUUUAUCAAUCAUUCACAGUUUCAAUCUUCUAUUUGACAAUGAUAAACAUUUGUUUGCUAUCAGAACAUUCCGAAGGUUGGUUACGACAACAGGACGGGUCCACGCCAAGUGCCUCGGUCACAAAUGACCAUAUACCCACAAGGUGUUGGCCAACAUUGUUACAAAUGGAUGAUCACUUAUCAUUAUCAUAUUCAUUGUUUAUUACUAUGAUGUCACAUUUUUUUUUCAUUUUUGUGUGCAAGUUUAGAUAUACAAUUAAUAAUGUAAGCUUUUAUUCAUGUAAAGGUACAUUGUAUGUCUAUUGGAAGCAAUAUUCAUGU